AUGAAUCUGUUCGCUGAAGCGAGUGUGCCCGCCGUGGCAAUGGCGUCGGCUCUGUCCGUCGCUGCCGGGGCAUACCUUAAUGCGAAGUUCUCAAUCUCCACAGACCUGUCUGCCCAUUUCAAUGACAAGGCAUUUGGCAAGCGACUUGGCGAGCGCAUUGGCCAGCUAGGCGAAUCUCCCACUAUUUACAAGCUGCUCGAGCGGGUAGUUGAGGUCGAGGGUCAGGGAGGGGCAGAUGCUCUCUGGUUUGAGCAUAAAACCUGGUCGUACACACAAUUGAAAGACUUGGUUGACAAAUUUGCUGCUGUGUUGCACGAGCGGGAGAUUAAGGCUGGUGAUUUCAUUGGUGUGUUCACUACCAAUUCCCCGGAAAUGGUGGUGACACUGUAUGCGCUGUCAAAGUUGGGCGCCGUGGCCGCCAUGAUCAACACCAAUUUGCGGGAUGACACUUUUAUUCACUGUCUCAAUGUUUCUGGCUCUAAGUGCAUUAUCUCAACACCCGAUUUGGCCCAACAUGUUUGCGUUGAUCUACCACACGUAUCAUUCGGUCUUACAUCCUUCGAGGGCAUCUCCACUGGCCCAGUGGAACUCAUCACAGCAUCAGACCUGCAAGGAUACUCUACAACAGGCUUGAAGCCAGCCAAGCGCACACUUAAGGACUUGACAGCUCUUAUCUACACCUCGGGCACAACAGGAAAGCCUAAGGCCUGCGCAGUGCGAAACAUGCUCGCAGUAGUCACAUCUAACCCUCUUUCGAGCGACGCCAAUAACAAAUCCAAGUACUAUCCCCUACGCACAUAUUCAUCUUUGCCCCUUUUCCACGGCACAGCAUUCUUCACUGGAUUGUGCUACUCGGUCGGAAACUGCGGCACACUCUGUCUCCGCCGGAAAUUUUCGGCCUCACAGUUCUGGAAAGAUGUCCACGACUCCGGUGCCACGCGUAUCCUGUACAUUGGUGAACUCUGUCGCUACCUUCUUUCUACACCUCCGUCGCCAUAUGAUGCCAAGCACAACUGUAUCGUUGCUUCAGGCAACGGACUCCGUGCCGAGAUCUGGGAAAAGUUCAAGUCACGAUUCAAUGUGCCUGAAAUUCGCGAGUUCUACCGUUCCACGGAGGGAGUUGCUAAAUUCGAUAAUCAUGGCGAGGGUGUCUGGGGUGCCGGGAAAGUGGGCUUUUCUGGCCCCAUCCGUCGGUCUUUGGAGGAUGAUAACUUCAUUGUGAAGUAUGAUACCGAUACUGAGAUGCCGUGGCGGGACCCUAAGACUGGAUUCUGUGUUCGUGCCAGCCUGGGUGAGGAAGGUGAGGCGAUUGGACGUGUGCGUGAUCGCGGCCUGUUGAUUGAGUAUCUGGGUAAUGAGGAGGCUACCGAGGGUAAAUUGCUGCGCGAUGUAUUCCAGAAGGGCGAUUUGUUCCAGCGCACAGGUGAUCUUGUUGUUCAGGACUGGUCUGGGUGGGUCAGAUUUCAGGAUCGUGUUGGUGAUACCUUCCGCUGGAAGGGCGAGAAUGUUAGUGCGGGUGAGAUUCGUGAUCACAUCUGUCGUAUUGAAGGCGUUCAUGAUGCCGUGGUUUAUGGUGUGAAACUUUCCGGAUACGAUGGCCAGGCUGGUGCUGCUGGAAUCACCUUGGAAGAUCAAUCUGCUGCCUUCCAGGAUAUCUUUGCUGCCAAACUUUACCCUGAGUUAAAGAAGAAGGGUGUCCCAUCAUACGCCUUCCCCCGACUUGUCCGUUUGAUUGAGAAGGUCGCGACAGGUGUCACUUUCAAGCAGGCCAAGGGUGAUCUAGCCAAGAAGGGCUGGGAUCCCCGCAAAGACUCAACAGACAGCCUCUACUGGUUGAAUGGAACCAAGUAUGAGAGACUCAAUGAGUCAGGUUGGUCUGAGAUUGAGACAGGCAGGGCUAAGCUGUGA